AAGUGUAACUUAGAUACUGUUAUCUACACAUGAUUGUCACAAUGUGAUCACGUGGUCAACGCAGUUGUACAUAUAAACAAGCCAGAAACCUGGACGGUUGUCUUCUGCCACAACUUUCACAAUUCUCCUCGAACCGUUGGACUUCAACAACAAUCAACGAUGUUCAAACUCACACUACUCGCACUAGCCCUCGCUGUGGCUUCAGCCAGCACUACAGCCAACUGGCUUAUCUUUAAGUCCAAACACAACAAGACUUACAGUGGAGAUGAAGACGUCAUCAGGAGAUACAUCUGGGAGUCUAACCUGAAAGUGAUUGAAGAACACAACGAGCGUUACGCCCAGGGACUGGAGACUUACUACCUGGGAGAGAACAAAUACGCCGACAUGACUCACGAAGAAUUUGUGAGAACCAUGAACGGUCUCCGUGUGAAUAGACCACUGACCCCUGGAAACUUUGCUAGUGGAUUGUUGAAGAAUGCUCUACCCGACUCAGUGGACUGGAGAAAGGAGGGCUACGUCACUGACAUUAAAGAUCAGGGUCAGUGUGGUUCCUGCUGGGCUUUCUCUACCACUGGAUCUCUGGAAGGUCAACACUUCAAGGCCACCAAGAAAUUGGUCAGCCUGUCAGAAUCCAACUUGGUCGACUGCUCAAAGAAGUUCGGUAACCAAGGCUGCAACGGCGGUCUGAUGGACCAGGCCUUCCAAUACGUCAUUAAAAACAAGGGUAUUGACACUGAACAGAGCUACCCCUACAAACCUGAGGACCGUAAAUGUACCUUCAAGGCAGCCAAUGUUGGAGCUACUGAGAAAUCUUUUAAAGACGUGACCAGUGGAAGUGAAGACGCAUUGCAAGAAGCUGUUGCCACCAUUGGCCCAAUCAGUGUCGCCAUUGAUGCCAGCCACAACUCUUUCCAGCUCUACUCUGGAGGUAUCUAUAACGAGAAAGCUUGCAGUACUAGUGAGCUAGAUCACGGUGUUCUGGCUGUAGGAUACGGCACUGAGAAUAACAAAGACUUCUGGAUCGUCAAGAACAGUUGGGGCAAAUCCUGGGGAGAGGAAGGCUACAUCCGUAUGACCAGAAACAAGAACAACCAAUGCGGUAUUGCUACCAUGGCCAGCUACCCAAUUGUCUAAACGAGGACUUGCGGCCUGAUUAACAGAUCUAGUCAACUCUGACCUGGACACGAGUAACUAGGUCAAACAUUGUUCCUGACCUAUGCGUUACAACUGAAAUGUUUACAAAAUAUGUUGAUUGUUGUAUUUUUAUUCUAUAAACGGUUUUUUAAAUAACAAAAA